AAAGUUAUAGAGACAACAAGCAGCGCAGCUCUCUGCUCCUGCUCAGGUGUAAACCGGAACUUCCCCUCAGUCUGAGUCCAGUCAUGUGACCUGCAAGCCAGACUGGACAUGUGGCGUCCCAAACAGAGAGAGAGAGAGGACUAAUGAGCAAGAGCUUCCAGACAGGAAACCCUCUUUUAGCUGGGAUCUCCCUGGGAAACCUGCUAUCAUUUUCAUCAAUUUGUCUGAAAUAUGAGGAGGCCGAAUAUAUUCCCAGAGGAGAGUCAACGUGAGGAAAACGCUCAUCACUUCUGACAGAGAAUCAAAGAAAUGACCACAUGGAUGAGUGGCAGCAGUGGGCUGAGAGCUGCAGCGAUGAAGAAGGCAGCGACUCAGAGGACUUCCUGUGUAGAAUCCAGCAGGAGAGCUGUGCCACUGACCUUUACCACCAUCACCAGCUGGAUGCAGACGUGGCAGCCGUCCGGUCUGUGUACUCAGAUGCUGCCGUCUCUGUCAGGGAAUACCCAUCCAUUGAUGGCAUGGAUGUGGAGCUGAACAUUACCCCCCACAUUGUGGAUGUGGAAGUGGCUAAAGCCUGGAGGAUUAAUCCAUCAGAGCCAAUCAUCAUCCGGCUGCACUUCUCCCCGUCUCAGUACCUGGACGGACCCGCUCCCUCUGUGGACGUUUUCCAACCAUCCAAUAUUGACGAUUUCAGUAUAGGAAGACAACUGCAAAAUAUUCUCAGAGUCUUCAUAUCUCAGGAGUGGAAACAUCUGACCAACGACAGCCCUGUUGUCCAGAGAAAGAGCAGACACAGCUGGUUCAGGCCCAGCGGCACCAUCAAGAAGUUCAGCGCUCGAUUCAGCGUUUGGUUACCACCUUCAAAGCCAAAUGAGAUGCAGGAACCGGCUGACAAAGAAAGGAAUGCAAUGAAACGGAGUCACUUCACCAGUCACACAACUUCUUAUGACAUAAAGAACUCAACGGGAGAACUGUUCACUUACACAGCUGGAGGAAAGAGAGUGAUGGUCUCAGCGGUCAAAUCUCCAGCACAUCUGAGCACCAAGCAGCUGGUGGAGCUGCUGUUCACCUCCCAGGCCAUCAGACACUGUAAAAGCGCGCCGACCCUCCAGCACGGCUUCUUAGUACAGAUAAUGAGGUACGCUGAGCAGAGAAUCCCAACGCUGAAUGAAUACUGCGUUGUGUGUGACGAGCGACAUGUUUUCCAAAAUGGGCCGAUGCUUAAGACUGCGGUUUGCACCAGGGAGCUCUGCGUAUUUUCCUAUCAUACGCUGGGCGUGAUGUCUGGAGCUACAGAAGAGGUCGCGACUGGUGCAGAGGUGAUCGACCUGCUGGUGGUCAUGUGCAGAGCUGCCCUUCAGUCGUCCCGAAAAAGCAUCAUAUUUGAACCGUACCCCUCUGUCGUUGAUCCGUGCAACCCCAAAACUCUGGCCUUUAGCCCCAAGAGGAAGAGUUAUGAAAGGCUGCAGAAAGCUCUGGAUGGCGUGUUGCUAAUCAGGAGGUUGGCUCAGGGUCCAUAUUCUGAGAUAAAGAAGCAAAUGGACAAGAUAGACCCCCUCUCUCAUCCUUUACUACAGUGGAUUUUAGCCAGCAACAGAUCACACAUCGUCAAGCUUCCACUUAACAAGCACCUGAGGUUCAUGCGCACACCCCAUCAGUUCCUGCUGGUCAGUGCUCCUCCGUCCAAGGAGGUUCGCUUUCAAACCGCCAGGAAAUUAUACGGCAGCACUUUUGCUUUCCACGGUUCUCACAUCGAAAACUGGCACUCCAUCUUGAGAAAAGGCUUAAUAAAUGCGUCGUACACAAAAUUACAGCUUCAUGGAGCUGCUUAUGGAAAAGGCAUCUAUCUGAGUCCCAUUUCUAACAUAUCUUUUGGAUAUUCGGACAUGGGAAAAGGUCAACACCAAAUACCAACCAGAGAGGAACUCAAAAAGAAAUACAACAGAAUAAAUAAAAUCGAACAGGAGGAACCAGGACAAGCAAGGUUUCUGCAAAGCAGUAAUCUGAGCUGCAUAGCACUUUGUGAAGUGAUAACAUCAAAGGCUCUUCAGAAGCACGGAAACAUUUGGGUUUGUCCGGUGUCCGACCAUGUGUGCACACGCUUCCUCUUUGUGUAUGAAAACGGUCAGGUGGGCGACGUGCACAUCAAUACGCAAGAUGCACAAAUCCAGAGGGAAAUUUUACAAGCAACUGGUUCAGAGCCAAGCUGAGAGAGCCUGAGUUCACACGCCUUCUGGUGAACCUACACACAUUUACUGGAAACCGGAAUAACUUUAGGAUUUAAGCUGUACACGGCAAAUAUUUUAUAUUUUCAAAUAUAUUUUUACAGUAUUUCAUUAUUAUGUUUGACAGAUUCUAUUUUUUGCUGUUUAUUAAAGCUGUUUUUCUUUAACCU